CAGCUACUUUCACCUUCAUUGUAAGAAACUAGCAAAAUUCUUUUCGGCCUAUUUAGAUGAUGACGUCCGUAGGAUUUUUAAGAAAGCGGCUAAGCAGUGGAUGGAUAGCACAUGUGUCGACUUCAAAGAAAACGAAUGUGUAAACAGAAUUUUUUUUGUUCAGAUCAAAAUAGCUGCACAUGAAAUUGGUCAUGCUCUUGGAUUCUUUCAUACUCACUCUAGACACGACCGAGAUGAUUACAUCACCCCCAAUAAGAUAAACCAGUACCAAGUCAAAUCGAAAGCAGACAAUAACAAUUAUGGUGUACCAUACGACUACGGUAGUGUGAUGCCGCUGAAUGAAUUAGAGGAAAUUUUUUUCAGAAGCGAUUCAAACUACACAGAAACGCUCGGAUCCCCCUUCAUUAGUUUUUACGACAUUUAUAUGAUGAACCUCCACUAUAACUGCUUAGAACGAUGUGAGGGCGUAAACACCCGAUGCCGGAAUGGCGGAUACGCUCAUCCUCGUGCAUGCUACAAAUGCGUCUGCCCUCACGGAUACGGUGGAAAACUCUGCAGCAGAAGAGUAAAUGUCUUUUCCAGCUCAAACUCCACCAUCUUUAGAAAUGCUAUUAUUGGAUUACGGUCCGUUAUUUCUAGGAAAAAGUUACAGGCUGUCCUCUCAAUAAUCCAUUUGAAGGCUCCAAAAGGGAGAAAGAUUCAAGUGAAAUUCGUGGAUUUCACAAAAGGAGCUGACACUGAUGGAUGUCAGCUUGCGGGCGUUGAAAUCAAAACAAAUGAGGACCCAGGCUUAACCGGUUACAGGUAUGAACCAUCCUGUAGCAGUAAUUGA